GUUACCGGUACGAUCAGUACAGUGUGAACGAUCGGAUCACACGGUUUAAUCGAAAGGUUCUGCAGAGGUGUACUAGCAACAUGAAACAAAUUGUGGUGAUAGGCGCCGGUGUCAGUGGUCUCAGUGUUGCAGUACAGUUGGCUGAACAUUAUUACAAUGUAGCGAAUGUAACGCUGAUAUCCGAAGACGUUAGCCCCAACACGACGGGAGAUGGAUCGGCCGGUUUAUGGGGUCCAUAUUAUUGUGGGAAAACACCAGAUCAUAAGAUAGUAAAAUGGUCCAGCGAAACUCAUCUGUUUUUCCAUCAGCUGUGGAAGAACGGGCUUGGUGGAAAGAUCGGUGUGUGCCUGCAACCGUGCAUGCGGCUAACGACAGAUCCCAACGGAUAUCCGGAACCAGCAUGGAAGGAAAUAGUGUUCGGUUGCCAGAAGAUCAAGGAAUCGGAACUGAAGCGGCUAAGCAAUGAGCACGGACGAUUGUACACGGGUGGAUAUCACUUUGCCACCUUCACUUGUGAGCCAACCGGCUUGUUACCGUAUUUGUUUAAUCGGUUUAUUGCGGUCGGUGGAAAGUUCGUGGCGUCGAAAGUCCGAAACUUUGACGAAAUCAUCCGCAAUCGACCCGUGGAUCUGAUUGUGAAUUGUAGCGGACUUGGUUCGUUGGAGUUAGCUAGCGAUAAGGCGGUGCUUCCCAUUCGAGGUCAGGUAGCGCGGGUUAGUGCACCGUGGAUUUAUGAAGUCAUUCUGGAUGACAGUGACGAUGGUAAUUACAUAAUUCCCAACUGCGAAACCGUCGUGCUGGGUGGAACACAUCAGAUGAAUGACUUUAAUCGCAACGUUGCACGAGACGAUAGUCGAUUCAUUUUCGAUGGAUGUGAGCGUAUGCUGCCUAGCCUUCGUAAUGCGAAUGUCACGAGCGAGUGGGUCGGUUUACGGCCAGGACGAGACAGCGUACGCCUUGAAUUGGAACACUAUCGAUCAGAUACUGAGAAGCAAUCAGUGCCAAUAAUUCACAAUUAUGGACACGGCGGGUGUGGAGUGACUCUCUGCUGGGGUUGUGCUAAAGAAGUGGUCGAAAUCAGUAGUACUCUCGGAUGGAGUAAGCCCACCGCAUCUAAACUAUAGUGUUUAUCUUAUUUAACGCCAAAGUUGUGUGAAUUUAUUAUAAGUGAAUAAGGUUGCAUAAAAA